AUGACCGAAGCGUUUCACGUCGGCCAGCGGGUCUCGUACGAAGGCGCGGCCUGCACGGUUCGCUUCAUCGGCGAGGUAGCUGGCACCUCUGGCUCGUGGCUAGGCGUCGAGUGGGACGAUUCAACCCGCGGAAAACACGACGGAUCGCACAAAGGGGUUCGAUACUUUGCCUGUCUCUCAAGAUCUUCCACGGCGGCGUCCUUUGUUCGGCCGUCGCGGCCCAGGGACGCCAGCCAGGGUUUCCUCUCCGCCCUCCGGGAAAAGUAUCUCUCUGGCGCGUCGCGAGUCCAGGACGGCGCAGCGCCGGAAUCGCAGAUCAGGAUCUCCGGGAGCAAGGUGGCGGAAGAAGUGGGCUUCGACAAGAUCUGGACCAAGCUGUCCCGGAUCGCGGACCUCAGAAUCGUCAUCCUCGACGGCAUGCGCAUCAGCGUCGCAAAGCAGCAUGCCCGUGAAUCGAUAGCCGACACCUGCCCGAGCAUCGUCCACGUCGACUUGAGCAGGAACUUGUUCGAGACCAUCGACCCCGUGGUCCGGAUUUGCGCCGAGCUCAGACAAUUACGCAAACUGAGUCUGAACGGAAACCGCUUCCGAGACGUCUUGUUGGAUUGUCUCGUGGAAGGGGUAAGCGACGCCUUUCGCGGCGUCGCCGAACUAUCACUCGAGGAGACUCUACUCAGCUGGGAGGAGCUGUGCGCGGUCGCCGUGCGCUGUCCCAGCCUCGCUGCUCUCAACGUCGGAUCGAAUCAACUCGCUCACAUUUCCAACGUAAACUACUGCCAUCUCUCUUCGCAUCUCACCUCCAUCAAUCUCGAAUUCAACGACUUCGUGGCCCUUUCGGACCUAGAGAGCCUCGCUUCCCUGACAUCUCUGCGUAAUCUUCAUCUCAAGGGCAACAACAUUGCAUCGGCAUCCCGAUCCGGUGCCUCGGGCCCUGUGUUCGCCCCCUCCCUCCAGUACCUCGACCUGUCGUACAAUAAUAUUUCCGGAUGGUACUUUGUUGACGCGCUCCCGAUCCACUUCCCCGGGCUCAGCGCCCUGCGUUUGUCCCACAAUCCCGUCUACGACGCCAAGGACGAUGGAAAGAAGGCGUCGUCUUCUGAGGAAUCGCACAUGUUCACAAUCGGCCGCCUUGCCAACCUCAAGAGCCUGAACUUUGCUGCCGUGAAGCCGGCCGACCGGACGAACGCGGAAAUGUUCUACUUGUCGCGCAUAGCGAGGCAGCUCGCCACUGUUCCCGAAGGCGCUGAGCACGACAUCUUAGCCCAGCACCCGCGCUAUAGGACGUUGUGCGAUCUUUACGGAAAACCGGACGUAGUUCGCCGGACCGAAAUCAACCCUUCCUACCUUGAAGCUCGUCUCAUCACGGUUUCGUUCCAUUACAGUGGUGGCCCAUCCAAGAAGACGCUGAAAAUACCCAAAUCGUUUGACGUUUAUGCUAUCAAGGGAAUUGCGGGAAACCUGUUCAAGCUGCCGCCGCUAAAAGUGCGGUUGAUUUGGGAGACUGAUGAGUGGGACCCUGUGGCAGGAUACGACGAUCAUGACGAGGAGAGUGGCGACGAGGAGGGACAAGGAAAAGAUGGAGAGCCUGCCGACUCGCAAGGUCAAACUCGGACAGAAGACAGGGAUGGGGAAUCCGGCAGGUGGAUCAAGAGGGAGGUCGAGCUGAAAGACGGUCCGAAACAGCUGGGAUAUUGUGUCGAUGGCCUAGAUGUGUCUAUACGGAUCGAGAUGCGAUGCUAA